AAAUUUGUCCAUAAUUUAAUUUUAGAAAUUUGAAUGGAAAAAUUUUAAAAUUAAAAUUUUCAAACAAGCCCUCUCUUUCCUCACCCUCAGUAGUCACUGGCGCUGGUUUUCACUUUUCAGUUGCAGAACAUAUAAGAUAUAUUUUCAGGUACUAUCAUCUAUUCCUCUUCGUCACUUCAAUCUUCAUUUUAGGGUUUCAAUUGCUACUACCUAUUCGCCAUCCCAGUCGCUGCUCAUUUUCCGGUCACACUCAGCUAAAUCAUAUACAAACAUGAAGCCUUUGAGUAUGUGGUUAUUGCUAGUGGGGUCUCUUCGCUUGGCCUCCGUUUGGUUCGGGUUUUUUAACAUUUGGGCUCUCCGGCUAGCUGUAUUUUCUCAAUCUCCAAUGACUGAGGUUCAUGGUAGAACAUUCGGUGUGUGGACUCUUCUCACUUGCACUCUCUGCUACCUGUGCGCAUUUAACCUUGAAAACAAGCCACUUUACUUGGCCACCUUCUUAUCAUUUGUUUAUGCACUUGGUCAUUUCUUAACUGAAUACAUUAUCUACCACACCAUGGCUAUUGCUAAUCUCUCAACCGUCUGUUUUUUCGCAGGCACAUCUAUAGUAUGGAUGCUUCUGCAGUGGAACUCCCAUCAACCCCAAGUUUCCUCGAAAGCAGACUAAAUUGUUUGACCACAUUGAAGACAAAGCUUCUUGUUCCUUUGUUUACAUGUAAUCACAUGAUGCUUUGUUCUCCUCUUAAGUCUUAGUUUUGUUUCUUCUGAUUAACCCUUUAGAUGAAUUUUCUUGGUUCUUUCUUCUCACUUUCGAAGUAUUGUUGGAAACUCCUCCCUUCCAUUGUUGCAAGGACAGCACGUCGAUGGUCCAAGUGGGCUCUCCCCUUUGGUUGUUGUGGGACUGAACUCUGACCAGCUCUUGUUGUCCUUGUGAACCCCACGACAUAUGAAACCGACAAAAGCCUCAUUAUGGGUUCAGCCCUGUUGGCUCAUUGAGUCUGAGUUCUUCCAUUCCACAUGCAUCUGACCAAUUCUGAAGUUUGUAGAAUAAACCUUUUCUUUUUCUUUUUUGCUUAUUUUACCAGAAGAAAAAAUAAAUUGAUAUUUGAUGUUUAUUGUAGGGUAGAAAAGAUAGAAAAUGGAGAGAAUUUAUUGUUUGAAAGAAGUCGGGAGUGAUCAUAAAAUACUCAAUCUAAUCUAA